AUGGUUGAAGAUCGUCAUUUGGAUGUGCUUGAGGAGAUCGACAAUCCCUCCGACCUCCUCUCAAGACCGCUAGAGCCAGCUCCGCUCUUCCGGCCGCUUGCCGCUGCGUCUCCCCAAUCGAUCGAAAAGAAACGUGUUCUGCCGCCUAGUUUUCAUCCCUCAUCUACUGGCGCCGGCUCUUCCAGUAGCUCCAACUCGAAGAUUUGGAGUCCAGCAAACCACACCGUGCCGCUCGCGUCGCCAUCCGGGGCUUCAGGCGGGAGCAGCUUGAUCAUCGGAGGCAGCGGAGCUCGAGUGCCCACCCAGUUCCUGGAUCAGAACGGUGGCUUUUCAAGAACAGCUCCAACGAAUGGCAGCUACGGUACAGCAGGUCAAAGCGCAACUGCGCCUGCGCCGUCAAUGCCAGGAACUUUCCCGAUGUCAAGCACAGAGGAGAAACCACCUUCCGUUCCGGUGCCAAAGGAUCAGCUCGCUCAACAGAAUGCUGCUGUGGUUGAUCUCACAUUAGAUAGCGACGAUGAGGACGAAGAACCAGCCGCAAAUGCGUUAUCAGCAUCAGCGCAUCAUGCGGCACACCAAUCUGCAGGGCCAUCAAGGAUCACUCUACCGCAAGGCAAUGGCUCGGCAGCUCCCGCGCUACAAGCUGUGCAUGUCGACGACGACGGCAAAGACGACGAUAAAAGUGAUGACGAAGACGAGCCGGUCAUUGUCUCGCACAGACGCGCCUGGCCAAAGGCCGAAGGGUACGAGAUCGAUCACGUCAAAUCAAAUGCAAUCGUCUGCGCGGGCAUGAUCAGCGCGGUCGUCCUUUGCAUGCAUGGACUGCCUGCGUCAUUGACGUACAACGGCACGAUAGAUCAAGAGCCACCGGUGGAUCCCAACUUCAGCCGUGAAAAUUGGCCAAGGGCGUCCCGAUUUUGGACUGAGUCCGGCUACAGGCCUAUCAUGCUGCAACUCUCACAACCAACAGGACUGUCAGCGUCGAUGCGGACACUUCCGAACGGCUGGGCCUAUCCAUCAACCGCUGCACAGCGCCCAGACAUCAAAGUCAGCGUCGUAGUGCCUCCGCGCGCGAGGUUUCCUCAACUGUCCGUCGAACAAGCUGCCCGGUAUGGUCCAGCCCCGGAACCGGCUUUCGGCUCGCUAGCCGAGAAAUACGUAUCCUCAAUGGAGCCGCUGCUGCGUAACAACAAAGUGCGCUGCGAGGCUCGAUGUCGCAUGGUCCCCAUCGGUCGAGCGCAGAACUUCCUUCACCACCUCGAGAUCCUCGUCUUUGUUCGACGUCCAGAUCUGGGCCUCAUCUCAGAUCGCCUGUCCGCGUUCAGUAUCCAGCUCGAGCACCCACUCUCGUAUUAUCCCGAGGACUACCCUACCGAGCCGCAGUACAGCAACCCGCACAAUCCCUCUGCAGCAUCUACGCGCAGCGACGCCGUGCAAGCCAUUUACAACGGCAUUCAUCGUGGUGCAGGCAUGGGCACCAUCAUUGCUAACCGCGAGCUGUCCGAGAAGGAGAAGAAGGCGCAGGUCGACGCUGUGUAUGCAAGCCUUCGCAGUGGCGAGGAGCUGGCAGCUGUCGAGCCUGCCGAAGGGAUUGCUACUCCGCUUCUCCCGCAUCAAAAGCAGGCGCUCGGCUUCCUCCUGAAUCGUGAGCGAGAUCGACGAUGGACAGAGCUGCUGGUGGAGCCACCGGUCAUUGUCGAUGACGCAGACGAGGCAUCCACACCUGUCAAGGCCGAGGGCUCUUCUAAUACGAGCAAGGCGUCUCCCUCGAACAGCAGUGAUGUAAAAGACAGCAAGGGCAAAGGCAAGAGCAAGAGCAAGAGCGAGAGCGAGAGUAAGAGGAAGAGUAGAGGCAAGAGCAAGAGCAAGCAGGAGCAAAUGGUGGAUGAAGACUCGAUCUCGCUCUGGACAGUCCGCAAAGGCUCCAACGGUAAAGUGCGCGCCUGGCGCAACCUCAUAACGAAUCGAGAGACCUUGACCCAGCCUCGUAUCUGCCGUGGCGCUAUCCUCGCUGACGAUAUGGGUCUCGGCAAGACCAUCACCACGCUCGCCCUCAUUACGCAUACUCGAAAGGACGCGAGGCUCUUUGGCGCCGCCGAGGUGGAGCGUGAUCCCGAUGCAGAGCUCGUUCAGGCGAUGCGAUCGCCACCUACCUCGGCCGAGGCAGAAUCAAGGGAGGCAGAGAGACGCAAUGGGGUUAGAAAAGUCAAGAGCCGCUUCAAGCGCCGGCUCAAUGAUUCUGAUGACGACGACUCUGCUACCAGUGACGAAGGCGGAGAUGCCGAAAAGAAGGAGGAGGAGGAGGAGGAGGAGGAACCAACCGCUUCGCUUGUCGUCCACGGCGCUCCACCCCCUGCUAAGCCAACUUUCGCAAAAAGCACGGCUAAAAAACCUUCAAAGGACAAGAUGGAUCCCGAACUCGUACGCCGCCGACAUCUCGAGUGUCGCACUCGCGCAACUCUGAUCGUCUGCCCUUUGUCGGUCGUGUCGAAUUGGGAAGAUCAGAUCAAGGAGCAUUGUUCGAGGCAGAAGCGGCCCAGGAUCUAUAUCUAUCACGGACCUACACGUUCCCACAGCACCAAGUGGAUUGCUGACCACGACAUCGUUCUGACAACUUACUCGACACUCGGAUCCGAAUUCUCGAACCAGUCGACAUGGGUCACCGAAACCGAGACAAAGAAAAGCAAGAAGGAUGGUUCGCCAGAUCAUCAUUCUGGACACGAGGAUGAUGACGACGAUGACGACAUUCUUUUGGUGACCGAGGACGGCACCCCGAUUAAGGGUGAAGCUGGCGCAGCUGGUGCGCAAAAGAAGGGCAAGAAGCUAAAGCGGAAGCAGGCAAAGGAGGCACUCAACCCUUUGCAGCGCAUUGAAUGGUUCCGCAUCGUUCUCGACGAGGCUCACCAGAUCAAGGGCGUGGGCACCUGGCAAUCCAGAGCCGCCUGUAAUCUGACGGCUCAGCGCAGACUCUGUCUUACGGGCACCCCGAUUCAGAACACGAUCAAUGAUCUCUAUGCGCUGGUCAAAUUCCUACGCCUCGAGCCUUUUACCGACCGGGCAGUAUGGAACCAAUACUGCGGGUAUCGCGAGAACCUCCACCUACGUGUGAAGAAGGACGACGGUCCUAUCGAUUCGGCCAACAUUGGACAUGUCCAGAUCCUGAUGAAGCUUCUGGCAUUACGUCGUCAGAAGACCAGCAAGACGGCGGAUGGCAAGCCGCUGCUCUCGCUCCCGCCAAAGCUCAGCAAGACCGAAUAUCUCGACUUUGAAGCAAAGGAGAAGGCGCGCUAUCAAGCACUGCACGACAAGUAUCGCGAAGACUUUGAGGACAUGAUGGCCAAUGACACGGUCAAGAGCAACUACGCCACGAUUUUGCACGAGAUUCUCAAUCUUCGCAUGACAUGCGAUCAUCCGUCCAUGGUGGACGCAAGCAAGGAUGCCAGUCGUAUCGGCCGAGGUGCUGAUCUAUCUGUUGCCAUCAAGGAGGACGGCCUGACUCCCGAUAGAGCGGCUGUCCUGUUCAUUCUCUUCCGCGAUAGCGAGAUGGCGUAUUGCUCCGAGUGCCAGGCUGAUCUCUCGAACAGUGUCGAAGGUGAUGGAGCGGGCAACGAUGCUCAGGAGCUCGCCGAUGCGCUUGACGAAUUCACUUCCGACUCUCGCAACGGUGUUGGACCACGCAAACGAAGCAAGGUCGAGCCUGGAACGGGAUCAAUGUCGGCAACCACAUCGAGCAACAGCUUCGGAUCGCCCGCGGCGAGCGGUGCAGUACGACCUGUGGUGACGCGAUGCCAGCACAUUUUCUGCUCGGCUUGCUUCCGUCGCACGAUCGGUUGUCCAUGGCCAGACGUCACGUGCGAGGACGUGGGACGCUGUCCAGCUUGCAAUACGUCGUUGAAGCUCGCAAUCGAUGCCGUCGAGCUAGACGCCUCGGACUUUGCCGGGCUUAAUGACGACCAAGCCGAACGCAUGGCGGACGGAGAUAGCGAUUUGCUCAACGACGACGUGGCGGACGAGAGGCGGUCUAAGCAGCUUAAAGAUGCAGAUUCGGAGGUAGAUGAGCUCGAGGAUGUUUUUGACUGGGGAAUCGGUGACGAUGUCAAGCCGCAGCUCAGUCGACGCAAUGCUCCCCGCAAGAAUGGCAAGUCGACAGCAAGCAGCGAGAGACGUCUGCGUAUCAAUGUUCCGCUGGACGGUCGCAAGGAUCUGUCGACCAAGAUUCGCGCUCUGAUUGCUGACUUGCUGCCGUUUUCGAAAUGCAACCCGCACUCGGACCUUUUCGACCCACUGGCGCCUCGGCUGGUCCAUAUCGAUCCGUCAACAUCAGAGGACGCAGAGGUGCGUAAGGUGGAAGAGCCAGUCGUCGUAAUUCAACGGCCACCGCCGGCUGUCAUGUCGAAUGGUCUGCUCGGAAAGCUCGAUCAGUCGUUGGAAGCGUACGAUUCGUACGAACCGGUCAAGAGCGUCGUGUUUUCACAAUGGACAAAGAUGCUCGACCGGAUUCAGAAAUCGCUCAACAUCACCGGGAUUCGGUACACCCGACUGGACGGCACGAUGAGUCGGCCCGAUCGGACAGCAGCUUUGGAGGCGUUCAAGAGGGAUGCUGGAAUAGAAGUGCUCCUCGUGUCUCUGCGUGCGGGAGGGACCGGGCUCAACCUCGUCUCUGCCUGUCGCGCGUAUCUGAUGGAUCCAUACUGGAACCCAGCGGUCGAGAACCAGGGUCUGGAUCGGAUUCAUCGAAUGGGUCAGACGCGCCCCGUGAUCACGACAAAGUACAUCAUGCGCCAUAGCAUCGAGGAAAACAUGCUGAGAUUGCAGAAACGCAAGAUGAUGAUCGCCGAGAAGGUGGGUAGUAAGCGACAGGUCGUAAGCGCAGACGCGAGGCGCGACGAGAGGAGGGAAGAACUCAAGAUUCUCUUUGGCACAUCGCGCGGCGGGGUGGAUCUGUGA